ACGGUAGACAAACCCUUUUAUGAGAUGUACUUAUAACCAACUAAAAGAUUGUUGUUAACAGCAGUGGUGGGUCAACAAGAUCUUGUAAAGGCAAGACAAUGGCUGGACCCAAGAAGAUGAUCAUCGAUACAGAUCCAGGCAUCGAUGAUGCUAUGGCAAUCUUUGUGGCGUUGAAUUCACCCGAAGUGACAGUGAUUGGACUCACAACUAUAUAUGGGAAUGUGUACACUACUCUUGCCACUCGAAAUGCUUUGCAUUUGUUGGAGGUUGCAGGAAGGUCUGAUAUCCCAGUGGCUGAAGGAUCUCAUGUCACGAUCACACAAGGUACAAAACUGCGUAUUGCUGAUUUUGUGCAUGGCACGGAUGGACUUGGAAACCAAAACUUUCCUCCACCAAAAGGAAAGCCAAUCAAACAGUCAGCUGCCGAAUUUCUUGUUGAGCAAGCUAAUUUAUACCCCGGAGAAGUCAGUGUUGUUGCCUUAGGCCCCCUUACAAAUAUUGCAUUGGCUAUUCAGUUGGAUUCCAAUUUCACCAAAAAUGUCGGGGAGAUAGUUAUUCUUGGUGGUGCCUUUUCAGUGAAUGGAAAUGUUAAUCCAGCAGCUGAAGCAAAUAUUUUUGGUGAUCCAGAUGCUGCAGAUAUUGUUUUCACAAGUGGAGCUAACAUCUUAGCUGUCGGGAUAAAUGUGACCCACCAAGUUGUUAUGACAGAUGGGGAUCGAGAUAAACUGGCCAAGGCCAGCGGGAAAUUUGCUGAGUACCUCUGCAAAAUUUUAGAAGUCUAUUUUUCUUAUCAUCGUGAAGCGUACUGCACAAAAGGUGUUUACCUUCAUGAUCCAACUGCCCUUCUCGCAGCGGUGCAUCCUUCAUUACUAACGUACACAGAAGGUGCUGUCAGAGUUCAGACGAAUGGCAUAACAAGAGGCCUGACUUUAUUUGACAACAAACAAAAGAGGUUUGGUGAAGUGACUGAGUGGUCUGGUAAACCCUCUGUAAAGGUAGCUGUUACUGUUGAUGCACCCAAGAUUGUCAAAUUGGUAAUGGAUCGACUAAUGUUUUCGUAGAAGAUUCUCACUAGACUCUGAUUCAUAUACACUGUUAGCGUUCAUCUGCCGGUUACUCUUGUAAUCAAAUGAACGUACAUGAAUGGAAGUGGUUGCAGCCAUGUUUACAGCCAACUUAGAAGAUGAGAUGCCACAGUCUUUGGGGAAGUGAUAAUUGAGAUCCAUCUGUUGUACUAAUUGUUAACUCUGCUAUUUCCUCUUUUCCUUCUGUUGUAUCAAUAAAAGUUAUAUUAAUUAUUGGUUCAUGCUAUGCAUCUCGAACUAAAUGCGGAA